AUGACGGUAGACGGUAUAACUCAAAAGCAUAUGUCCUUGAGGAAGAAGCAGAUGUCUGGCAUAAAUACGGGACAAAGGCAAGCAGCGGCACACAUCGGUAGCGUGGUCUCCCCUGCGAAGUCAGUUGAACCACCAGUCAUGAUCCUUCCCCGUGCUUUGAUCGUGGUUCUGGCCUUAAUGGCAAUGGUUUACUCGGCGAAGGCCGGUGGAGGUGGAUACGGGAGCAGAGGAGGCGGUGGAGGAGGUGGCUUUGGUAACGCCGGAGGAUUUAGUGGCGGUGGAGGAGGGUUUGCUGGACAAGGUGGAUCUGGUGGAUUUAGCGGAGGUGGAGGAGUAGGUGGAGGAGCCCAAGGAUUUAGCGGAGGUAGCGGCGGAUAUGGCGGCGGACGAGGUGGAGGCAGCGUCGUCCGCGCGCGCUUGGUCGGCGUUGGCGUUCUUCCUAGUGUCGGUGGCGGCGGCUCAGGUUUCGGUGGCGGCAGCGUGGGCAGCGGCGGCGGCGGCGGUUUCGGCCAAGGCGGAGGACGAGGAGGACGAGGAUCCUUCGGCGGAGGACGAGGAAGUGGCGGAGGAAGCUACGGAUGGUAAUCAAUUAUCUCACUUAAAAAUCUUUUCUGUCAACCUGCAAAGAAAAUAAAAUUGCUGAAAG